UCGCCCUGCGUCUCCCUCCGGCUGCUGCGGCGAGCGGAGCCCGCGGAGGCUCGGGGCGGGAGCCGCAAUGUCUCAGGCUGUGCAGACAAAUGGAACUCAACCCUUAAGCAAAACAUGGGAAUUAAGUUUAUAUGAAUUACAGCGAACACCUCAGGAAGCAAUAACUGAUGGCCUGGAAAUUGUAGUAUCACCUAGAAGUCUCCAUAGUGAAUUAAUGUGCCCAAUCUGUUUGGAUAUGUUGAAGAAUACUAUGACCACAAAAGAGUGUUUACAUCGUUUCUGUGCAGACUGUAUCAUCACAGCCCUCAGAAGUGGGAACAAAGAAUGUCCUACUUGUCGGAAAAAGUUGGUUUCCAAAAGAUCACUAAGGCCGGAUCCAAAUUUUGAUGCUCUCAUCAGUAAAAUUUAUCCAAGUCGUGAUGAAUAUGAAGCUCAUCAAGAGAGAGUCUUAGCAAGGAUCAGCAAACACAACAAUCAACAAGCUCUCAGUCACAGUAUUGAAGAGGGACUGAAGAUACAGGCUAUGAACAGGUUGCAGCGAGGCAAGAAACAACAGAUUGAAAAUGGCAGUGGAGCAGAGGAUAAUGGGGACAGUUCACACUGUAGUAAUGCAUCAACACACAGUAAUCAAGAAGCAGGGCCUAGUAACAAAAGGACCAAAACAUCAGAUGAUUCUGGAUUAGAACUUGAUAACAACAAUGCCACUGUGGCAAUAGAUCCAGUAAUGGAUGGUGCUAGUGAAAUUGAAUUAGUUUUCAGGCCUCAUCCCACUCUUAUGGAGAAAGAUGACAGUGCACAGACAAGAUAUAUAAAGACUUCAGGCAAUGCCACAGUUGAUCACUUAUCCAAGUACCUCGCUGUGCGAUUAGCUUUAGAAGAGCUUCGGAGCAAGGGAGAAUCAAACCAGAUGAACCUUGAUACAGCCAGUGAGAAGCAGUACACUAUUUACAUUGCUACAGCCAAUGGACAGUUCACUGUGUUAAAUGGUUCUUUUUCCUUGGAACUUGUCAGUGAGAAAUACUGGAAAGUGAACAAACCCAUGGAACUUUACUACGCACCAACAAAGGAGCACAAAUAAGCUUUGGAAAGAUGGCUUUGAAUAUGAACUUUUUUUUAUAGCUCUGAUUUCUUUAAUAUUAAAGAUGCACCAUCAUUGUUUUCAUGGACAUAAUCUUGGAUUUGCGUUCAGUUUCCUUGCUGAGCCAGACUUGUUUACACUAUUAGAAUUCGUGUUUUGUUUGUUUUUUAUUUAAGCUUUUCUUUUUCAAAGGGACUGAAUGAAGCUAUCCAGUGUGUUCUUUUGAAAUUACUAACUUGUGUCUUUUCACUGAUGAAGCUUUGGAUCCAUUUGAGGCUCUCAUCUGGCAGAGGAAGAUUUAAUUAGUGUUUUUUUUCUUCUCAAAAGUUUUUUUAAAGCUAAAGAGUGUUAAGGUUGGUUUAUGGUGAUAUUUUUGCUAGCUUAAGGGUAUAAUUGUGGAUUUUGCAUUUUUUUUAGGAACAUAUAUAAUUUAUGAUAUAAUCUUCUUCCUGAAGACCUGAUAUAUUUAAUACAGUCCUAGGUGAAAUAGGUUAUCUAUUUCACCUGAAGACCAGGGCUUAAUAAAUAUGCUUAAAUUUUUGUUUCAUGAGAUUCUCUCUAUUAUACAAAAUUUCUUUGCUAGCAUUUUUGUUUAAAAAUUGAUGUUCCUUAUUUUACUGUCAAGCUGUGUCAUUUUGUUUGCUUUUCUUCCUGUAACAGCCUUAGGAUUCUUGCUGUAGUUAGUGAAUUACACAAAUCAACAUUAUAAAGAAACACUGGUAUAAUAUUUGCAAAAAUCUUGGUAGGCGUGGGAGUUAAAUUAGCCCUAAAUAGGUAGUCCUCACAUAUAAAACUUAAGGGAUCACUUUUCUGAUCAUAACUGAAACAUCUUUUUUAGUCCCUGUGACAGUCAUUUUUUUAUAGUAUUUGAUAACCCACUUGUAAUACCAGAGAUUCUGCGAUAUACUUACUUGCACUUUAACCUUGAUGAAAAAUACUGUACUAUUUCAAUAAGCUGCCCUCACUUCUUUUUUUUGUGGCUAUAGGUUUUGAGAUCAGCAUGACACUGACAGAAGGAAAAUGAGGAUAUACUUUUUUAUUUGAAAAGUUUGUAUUUAUCAUUUUGUUUUCUAACUUUACCCCAAUGGUUGUUUUUUGGGUUUUGGUUUGUUUUUUUGGUUGUUAGAGCAUAGUUUGCAACUCCUGUUGAGCCACAGAAAAAUAUGUUAAACCCACCCAGAACUUGAGCCCUGCUCUGCUAGAGUGCAGGAUGCUUUGUUAAAGGAGUAGUAGCAUCACCUAAGAGGAAGCUGCACUUGCCUACUCUUAAUUUGGUGCUACUGUAAUAUGAGGUACAGUGUUAGGUGUUUGGGAGUGACAAGGCUUUGUACUGGUGGUCAAAAAUUAGAAAAUUUUUGUGUUAUUUCUCAUUCCUGCCACAUAUCCAUGUAUGUUUCUGAGUUUUUAGUGUUACAGUAUUUACAGAAAAUUAUUAACAUUGGCAAACCAAACCCUGUAAGGUUUUGAGAGGAAGAAAGGAAUCCUCUACUUCCCUUGUAAUUAAAGCCUAAUACUUGUAAAUAUUUAGCCAUCUGUUUUGAUGGUGGGGGUCAGUUUUAAGUGCUUCAGCCCUACAUGAAAACUCAAUAGUUUUAUUAAAUAAUUUCUUUUUUUACCAUUUCUUUCUAAUAUUUAAAACCUGUUUUUACAAAUUUUUUUUUUUUUUUGGUACGUGCCAUGAAAUUGAGAGCCACCAAAAUUAAGAGAAAUUUUGUAUUUGGUACCUUUUUUGGUGAAAUGUUCAGUUGUAUAUUAAUGCAUGUCCACUGACUAUAACCUGGGUUUUGUGAUAUAAAUACUUGGGUUUUAUUGGGAAAAUACUAGAUUAGUGGUUGCAUCAAAUAACUAAAUUACCAUUGUGUGAUUUUUAAUAGAACUUUAGUCUUGAAGCAAAAGGGGUAUUUGUGAAUUUAAGCUAUGUUUAUGUUUAGAGAAUGUAUGUGUGUGCUCAUAUGUCAGUGUGGGAGGAUGUAAUCUCUUUACACCAUUAGUGAAUUUAUUGACUGUUGUCCUUUACAAAAUAUAAUGUAAGCAUUUGAUAAA